AUGACUGAUGAAGUAAUUGAGAAUACACUUGAUAAAGAUGUUGAACCAUCUCAUCCUGAAAUCUCUCGUCGAGAAACAACAGUUUCUAAUACUACUUGGAAAGAAAAUUCACCAACUAUUGAAAAUUUGAUACUGAUUUAUCAAUUAGUUUGUCGUAUCGAUCGAAAACAAAUUGAUAUUAUUCAAGGUUCUCCAGAAAAUUUUGUUAUUCCCUCUCAAUCACGAAAAGAAUCAUUUGGUGAAUGUUUCAUGUCUUAA